AUGUCCGGAAGAAUUAGACGAAACCUGAACGCUGCCUUGAAAACCAUUCAAGAGCAUACUGCCGAGGCCAAUCGAAUUAUUGCUGAGGAAAACGAUGAUGAUACUCGCAGAAAGUUGAAGCUGGAAAAAGCCCAUAUCGAGACCACUAUCGUAAGAAUUGAGGAAUUGGAUGCUCAAUGGAGUGAUUAUGUGGCAAGCUUAGAAGGGCCGCAGAAAAUGGCUGAGGAAUCGCUAUACCUCGAUUUUCCGCCCCGAGGUGCUGGUAUGGAAAGAGAGGAAGGCCAGGAAGUACCGUUAGCUCAACGUCAUUUUGUGGAUCAGUGCGAAUUUGCCCGACAAGUGGUUGUGCUAAUUGAGCAAACCAUGGAGGAUCUUGGCCAAUCUAGAACCAGUUCUCGCCAAUCUGCAAUGAGCGAAGUGUCAGAUAACCGAACCAAUGACCUUGGAAACCAAAAUCGGAGGGCACAAGGAAAUCAAAGGCCGCAGCCGCCUACAGUACAGUUGCAACAGCCUUUUAUGGCGCAACCACGUGCCAAGCUCCCUCCCUUGCAUUUACCUCAUUUUUCGGGAGAAACCAGAGACUGGCCUACCUUUUGGCAACUUUUCGAGUCAACUGCCCGUACAGAAUGUGGUGGCUGGAUACUUACCUACGAAUGA